UUAAAAAAUGGAGAAAAAAUAACAAGAGGGGAGGAAGAAAAGGACAAAAGGGGGAGCGUGUGUAUAUAUAUGUCCAAUGAAUGAGAAUAAUAGCUUCACAGACUCACAUGCAAACAUACAACCUUCCUUCCUCAUUAACGGCUCUUUCUCACCUUUUUUUUUAAAAUUAUAUCACAAAAAAUAAACCCAUUAUUAUUAUAUUUAUUAAUUGGCUAAGCACCGGCACGUGUGUGUGUGUGUAUAUACGCAUUUGUCCCAACGGUCCAAUUCCCCCCCCUCUUAAAUCCGACACCGCCAGUUCUUAUCUCUCUAACAUCAACCUCUCUCUCUCUCUCUUCGAUAUGUCGGUGUCUGAAAUGGAUUCUGGUGUUGUGACUAAACCGGUUCCGAACAAAGUGCAGAUUGUUAACCGGAAAUCGUCGGAAGAAUUGCUCCGGAAGUUCGCCGAUCCCGACGACGAUGAGAAGCCGACGACGAAGCCGCGCAAAAGGAUGAAGAAGACUACUUGUCGACGUAACGGCGUCGUUGAGGACGACGACAACGACGGCGUCGGAGCCGCCGCCUUGGUGGAGAGGAAACGGCUUCUGGCUCCGGUGGUUAAACGCCGUUCUCUCUUUCUCCGUCAGUUCGCUAACGGAAGAUCUCAUCUCAAGAACAGAUCCCUCGUCAGAUCUCUCGGCAAGACAUGGCGUAGAACUGUGGAAGGAGCUUCGAGGGUUUUCAUCGAGAAACACUACAACAGCCACAGGCGUCUCAUCAACGAUGCCAUUUGAUUCACAAUUCGAUCCAAUUUCUUCAACCCACAAAAAAAAAAAGGAAUUUUAUUUUCGCAUAUGUUUUUCUCUCUCUAUAUCUCUGUAUAUUGGUUUCUUCCCCAUUUCAGUUUCAUUUCAUUUUUACAUUA